AUGGACUCUCAUCCAGGAGCACUGCGCGAUCUUCUAAAUGACUAUGUCCUAACUCAUCUCACCGUCGACCAUCGCGAAGUCACAGAGGCUCUGGUAUAUGACAUACUCUCAAAUGCCCUCGUUCCCGUUCCGACGACCGAUUCAUAUUUCUUCACACUACCCUCAGACCCCUUCGAUGACCUUCUAAAAUCUCACACAUGUGGCCCUUCUCUAUCACUAUUCGAAGAAAAAAUUGAGACAAUAGUAGAUAAAGGCGCUUUCAGGUUCAUCCAGGAGACCUUGAACUUCCGAGGUGAAACAAAAACACAACGUUGUUGGCAGGAUAAUGCAUUGCUCGAACUCGAGGAGACAUACAGUACAUCGAAGGACACAGUGCUAAGCCUGCGAGCAAUCCGAGAGAUGCCCAGUUCGGCACCUUCGGCUACCAAGUGUCUACCUAAAACAAUUUCGGACAUUAUGAAGUGCUAUUACAUCAAAAGCGUAGCUGUCCAAGAAUUCACUGACCAAGUCACAUCUAUUGAUGAUGUAUUGCGACUUGAAUUAGACGCAAAGACUCGAAAAGCCGCUCUCGCCCUUCUCUGUGACAAUCCGUUUGCGAAGCGAAUGAAUAAUGUCCCUCGUCAGGUUGCUCGUACCGAGCCGUGGCUUCAACCUCCAUCUCCUUCAUUGCCUAUCAUAUAUCCACAAACGCCUCCCCUCUUCCCCAGAGUACAUGCUCCCCGUGAAUUGAAGGGGAGUCAUAUUCAGUCUAUUACUGACCUCCCUUCGGUGAUGGGUUCGAUGUCUGUGGACAGCGAGCCCGACAUGCCUGAGCGACAUAUGACCAUUAUCAAUGGAUGGCAAACUUUCUCAAGCGUUUCACCGUCCUCAACAUCAUCUUCAUGUGGCAGCCACAGUGAGGUGGACGAACUCUGGUUUCCUUCUUCGGAAACAGAGCCUUUGGUCAUCAAUGAAUUAGAGGAUGUCAAAUUCGAUGAAGUUCUAAUGCCCCUUCGGCCAAGUCUAAGGGAUACUGGCGAAAUUUCAGUACCUUUUGGUGAGAGGGAAAGUCUGGCUUCGUUCCUCAAGUCGCAUGUUAUAGAAUCCAUACAACUGAAGGCCUACAAAACGUCUACAACGCCUUCGCCUUCUCCAACAAGUGGCAUUGAGACUUCGAUGCAAGGACACCCAGAUACACCCACUAACUUUGAUCCCGAAGGGCUGCUGUUCUUCUCUUCUGAACUAGACCAGGACAUACGAAGACUGUAUCCAACGUUGUCAAAAGGUGCAUACGAUAUCAUGUACCUGGAGCAGCUCGAAAGCUCUCACACUGAUUUGAUGAACGUUCCUAUGUUGCCACCUCCUAAUGAACAUAACACGCUAUCCUUCCCGGAAGAUUUGGCGUCUCUCGUCUGUAAAAAUAAAAACAGUGGCAAUAGCUCCGGCGUCCCCCCUUCAGAGUUUGGGGUCCUUCAAAAGGCAAAGGGCGUGAAAUCUCUUAAUAUUGAAUUAUCAUGGAGACCGUUCAAGUUUCAGUCCAAAAUUCCAACGCAAGAAGAGCUGGCUGAUGUCAUUGCAUUGCAAGAUACAUUCCCGCAACAUGCCAAUCUUGACGCUGAUAAUAGCCUGGUCCAACAUCUCAUCGAGCGGAAUGAGUUCUCCGAUUCACGAUCAAUACUUCCAAAGUUCGACGAAGCAGUCAUUUGUCGAAACGCGUGUCGUGAUGAUAAUAUCUUAGUCCCAAAUCAAGGCGACAACGAGGAUGGCUUGGGAGUCAUUUUCAAUUGGGAGGAGAGGCGGAGGCUGGUGCGCCUAAGCAACGAACGAGUCGAUCAAGUCGACAACGCAAACAUUGAUUCUAAACCAUGUAUGGUAUGUGCCAAUUGUGAGGAGGAAGCCCGGUCAAGAAAUGUUGAAGGAGCCCUUCACAAUGGUCAAGAAAUUCUGUAUGAUUUAGCUGACUACCAACAGGCUCAGGUCGACGACUCUGAGAUAGCGAUGAACUUCUCUUACGAUAACAAUAAUUCGCUUUGUAGGGAGGCUGACAUUUCCAGCGGUCCCCUCCCUUGUGAACACAACCACAGCGCGCCUUUACAUGUUAUCCUGGACGAGGUUGAAGAUCUGUUCGUUUCUAGCCUCGACGACUGGAAUACAGGGCUAGAAGCUCCAGCCGGAUCCUUUAUUCCCUUGACGCAGGAGUCCUCAAGACCUUUCGAAGCCGAUGCUGCUACUUUCCAGUGCGAGCCCUUGUCGACUCAGGAUGCCGAUCCCUCUGGAAAUGAUUGGUUUGCUGAAUCGACCUCUUCAAAUCUCCUGGCUAGUUCUAUUCCUAGCGACGGCACAUCCUCGGUCUCGAAUGUUGACCCUAUCAGAUCCACAAUGAUGCCUCAUCCCGAAAUGCUGGACAACGCUCUUACUGCGGGUCUCGUACACUCUCGCAGGGAGUCUGCAAGACAAUCUCUAGCGGAUUUCAUGAAGCUGAGAGCUAAAGCUCAGGACGACUUGCCUGAUUUUGUUGCUGACCUCCCUUCUGAUGAAAUUGAUCCUGAGACUGUACUUGAGAAUAUUGAUUCACCGCCUAUCUGUACUGUGCCGCAGGAAGUUAUCGACCGUCACACGCUUUGUCUCACUCCGGAGUCGGCUCUGCCUAGCAUCUCGCAUCGUUACUUAGCAUCGAUUGAGUUUAUCCAAAAACGACAAAUCGCUUUGGCCCUCUGUUCUUCGAAACUCAAAGUGGAACUAAUCGAACGGGAUGCUCUUGAUGGCGCGGACCUCAUCCUCGACUAUGACACCGCAGUGCUUUUCUUUUCUCUGUUCGCUCUUCCCUCUCAGCUUUCUGCGCUUCAAUCUCGGUUGGAAUUUCUAUCUUGGCGGUAUCUAUAUGUUCUCGUCGUCCUUGAAGCAUACACACCCUCCCUUUCUUACAGGUCAGGUGAUGUUGGACGUUUGGUACCUCUUGCGUUCACUCCCCCCGUUCUGAAGGCGAUCAAGAAACUGCGCCGAGACUUGGCUAUCGCGGAGGGAUAUUUUACAAAAUGUCCCGACUCGGAGAUCCAGUUUGCUUUCGCUCUCUCCGUCGACGAGGCUGCUAUGUAUAGCAGAAUGUUUGGUGAUUAUGCUGCACAGAGAUCCGUGCCAGAAAUCUGGGGCGAGCGUCUCUGGCUGGACGAAGUUGUAGAGGGAGAAAAAGAGCUAAUCAAUGCCGAUGGCAUGAACGCAUUCACUUCUGCCAUGAUUUUGUCGCAACUUCCUUUGAACGCGUUUCUAGAGAUGAGUCCGGAGGAAAGGACCAAUGCCUUCGCGCAAUCGAUGGGGCAAGACAGGAUUGCAAGCGCUUUCUCACUUAUUGAUUGUUGA